GCGAAGAAGAGUCGGCCAUACGAAACCGAGCUAAUUGCUUGCGUCGGGUCUCGCACGAGCCCUCGCGAAGAAGCCAAGCUAUACGAGUCCGGCGACGCGGUCGGUCGUCGGGGCGGAGGAGAAAGAAGCCAAAGGUGGAAGGAGGCGGCCAAAAGGAAGACGUCAUCCUAGGAGCGCAAGGAAGGAAGGCCGCUUCUCUGAUCUCCUCUCCUCUUCCUUUCCCAGCAAGCUCUAAGGCUUUUUAGCGAUACCUACCGAACGAGUUGUCUCGGCGUCGCCGUUUCUUGGGUCGUUUGCUGGACAUUGAAUCGAAUCAUCUCUUCUUCUUCUUCUUCUUCUUCGUGGUCAUCUUCCCGAGGCUUCGUGCUGAACCGCACCACCCGUUCUUGGAUCGAUCGUUUGACGCCGAUUCCACCUUUUCUACUCUAGGUUUUCGCACUGAGUCACACCACCACUUCCCGGAUCGAUCAAUGGACAUCGAACCGGCCGAUCAGUACGGAAACAAAAGGUCUUUCCAGCGAGCAGGAUCGUCGCAGGGUGCGCCCGACAGGGUCAACAAGGUCUGCUUCGACUGGCAAGCGGGACGAUGCAAUCGCCACCGCUGUCGCUUCCUCCACAGCGAGCUUCCGCAGCCCAUGUCCGCUGAUGGCGCCACCUCCAGGCGGGGCAAUCACCAGGGCCUCGUGCGGGGAAAUUCUGGUGCGGCCGGUGCCUCAAUCUCCGGUUGGGGAAAGGGCCGAGCGGGCCGCAAGGCUUCCGACAAGAUCUGCAGUUACUUCAUCGGUGGGAAUUGCAGCUAUGGGGAUAAAUGCAGGUUCUUGCAUUCGUGGUUCAUCGGUGACAGCUUCUCCCUCUUGGCCCCGCUUCAAGGGCAUCAGAAUGUCGUUACUGGUAUUGCACUGUCUUCAGAGUCCGGCAAGCUCUACUCUGGCAGCAAGGACGAAUCUGUUCGGGUUUGGGAUUCUCAGACUGGACAAUGCACGGGAGUUUUCAAUGUUGGAGGUGAGGUUGGAUGUAUGAUCAGUGAAGGUGCUUGGAUAUUUAUUGGAGUUCCAAAUGCCGUCAAGGCAUGGAACACACAAACCGCAACAGAUCAAAACCUUGAUGGACCUAUCGGACAAGUUUAUGCUUUGGUUGUUGGCAACGAUAUGCUGUUUGCUGGUACACAGGAUGCACAUAUAUUGGCAUGGAAGUUCAAUGUUGCUGGGAACUGCUUUGAACCUGCUGCUUCUCUUAAUGGCCAUCGACUUGCGGUGGUUUCUUUAGUUGUGGGAGUCAUGAGGCUGUACUCUGGUUCCAUGGAUCACACAAUAAAAGUCUGGGAUCUUGCAACUUUACAAUGUCUUCAGACCCUCAAUGACCAUACGUCCGUUGUUACAUCAUUACUUUGUUGGGAUCAAUUUUUGCUAUCUUCUUCUUUGGACCAAACAAUUAAGGUUUGGGCUGCUACAGAAAGCGGAAACCUGGAAGUAAAAUUCAUUCACAACAAGGAACAUGGUGUGCUUGUUCUACGUGGCAUGCAUGAUGCUCAAGCCAAACCAGUCUUGCUAUGUUCUUGCAUCGACAAAAGCAUUCAUAUCUAUGACCUUCCUUCAUUCAUCGAGCGGGGUAAGAUAUUCUCCAAGAAAGAGGUGAGAGCAAUGGAAGUUGGACCUAGUGACCUAUUUUUUACGGGAGAUGGCACGGGUGAACUGAAGGUGUGGAAAUGGUCGACGAACAAGAUGUUGGUAUCAUGAUUUCAUGAUACAAGAACCAAUAGCUGGACCAUCUAAUCUUUUGUUGUAUAAGUUACAAUCAUUUGUUCGAGUGAGAAAUGGUGUUUAUGGUGCCAAUUUUAUCCUUCUCUCUCAUCUUGAGUCAAUCCAGAAUCAACUAUAAAUCAUGAUUACUCAGACGACAAUAGGCGAUUAUACUCCAAGUAUAGAUGACAAUAUAGGAUUAUGUGGAUCGUUGGUGAGUCCCUAUUUGAGAAGUGAAAUAUCAGUUCAUCUUUAGCCCUAUUUUUCGA